UUUUCCAUAAAGCAUUUUUCUCUCUCUUUCUGCCCUUGAGCAUCCCGGUAAACCCGAGCUUAAAGUGGCAAGGGGAGGAGGAGACGGGGCCAAAAAGGGCGGGCACAAGCCUUUCCAACAAAGUCAAUAUUUUAUACUUUUUGAUACUACUUGGCGCUGGAUUUCAGUCCUCUUUUUCCUCCCACGGACCGUCUCCAGAUCUAGGACAGUAAUCAGCGGUGCGCAGCGAAGCGUGGCGCGAGGGAAAAGUAUCCCGUGAACGGAAACAACAAACAGCAAGCCGGUGUCGGGUCGGAGAGUGGAGUUAGCCCAGGAGGGGGCAUUGAAAUUCAGAAGGGAAACCAGUGCAGGACCAGUGAAGUGUUGUACGGCUGGAGUUGAAAGAGGACUGGCUCAAAGUGCGGCGCUAUCUCUCGGAUGAUCAUUACAAGACAAUCGGCGGUGCAGCAGAACUAUCCAAUGGAUGCUUACAAAGACCCAAUCAAGACUCCUGUCCGCACAUGCAGCUGCACUGUUCUCCUUCAAGAGCCCUCUCUCUAGUAAACCGCGGUCACCUCUGCAACAUGGUCAAAGUGCAUGCCCAGCUCAACGCGUGUAACUCAAGCCGGCGCUCUUUCUGCUCAGGAAAUAAGAAAAGUACCCUGGCGCUGAUCCUUGGGGACUUGCACUAUCUGUGACACUGAGCGGAGAGAGCCAUUCAGUAGAUUUGGGAUUUAUCGCCUCACCUUCCACAUUCAAAUGCAGCAUGCAACAUGAUAAAAGGAGCUAUUUCCUUUUGCCUCUGAGCCCCACUCCAUGCCCGUCUCCACUCCCAGCCCUGUGAGUCUGCUGCCCCGCCACAUUGUCCCCCUUGUGCCCCUCGUGCCCCCUGGUCCCUGCCAUGUCCCUACAGGUCGCGCUGCUGCUCCUACUGCGAUGCUUGGCCUCAACUUUGGCCCAGUACGAACUGUGUAAGUCCCUGGUGAGCACGGACGAAGGCUCGGUGUGGGAACAUUACGCGUGUCAGCCUAAACCUGCAUCCAUGAAAGACUACAUGCGCAUCAAAGUUGACCCGCCCGGAAUCACAUGUGGCAAUCCGCCUGAGCGCUUCUGUACACUGGAGAACCCAUACUUGUGCAGUGAUGAGUGUGACGCAUCAAACCCAGAUCUGGCUCACCCUCCUCAGCUGAUGCAGGACCGUGAGCGAAAUGGUCUCAUUACAUACUGGCAGACCGUUACAUGGAGGCGUCACCCCGAGCCCUUGCUGGCUAACAUCACCCUGUCAUGGAACAAGAGCCUGGAGCUCACUGAUGACCUGCACAUCACCUUUGAGUACGGCCGGCCCACAGUCAUGGUCCUGGAUAAGUCCAUGGACCACGGCCGCUCAUGGCAGCCCUACCAGUAUUAUGCCGACGACUGCCUGGAUGCCUUCAACAUGCAGCCAAAACGAGUGCGAGACCUCAGCCCCACCAAUAUCACCAGAGUCAUCUGCACAGAGCAGUAUUCACGCUGGGUCGGCUCCAAGAAUGAGAAGAACGUUAAAUUCGAAGUGCGGGCACGGUUUGCUGUGUUCGCUGGGCCCCGACUACAACAAAUGGACAACCUGUACACACGCAUGGAGAGUAUGAAGGGACUGAGGGACUUCUUCACCUUCACCAACCUGAGGCUGAGGCUCCUCAGGCCAGCCCUCGGAGGCACCUAUGUCCAGAGAGACAACCUGCUCAAAUACUUCUACGCCAUCUCCAACAUCGAUGUCCCUGCCAGGUGUAAGUGUAACCUCCAUGCCUCUCAGUGCCUGCUGGUGGAUGGGAACCUCCAGUGCCAGUGUGAACACAACACCACAGGCCAGGACUGUCAGCGCUGCAAGAAGGGCUUCAAGGCCAAGUCAUGGAAGGCUGGUUCCUACCUGCCAACGCCUAAUGGAACUCCCAACACAUGUGCAAUUGCGGGCUCUCCCUCCGGUUCAAACUGUGAGUGCUACGGCCACUCCAACCGCUGCAGUUACAUCGACUACCUGAACAUCGUCACCUGUGUGAGCUGCAAACACAACACCAGGGGCCAGAACUGCCAGCACUGCAGGCUAGGAUACUACCGCAACGCCUCUGCUGAGCUAGAUGACGAGAGCGUCUGCAUCGAGUGUAACUGUAACCAGAUGGGCUCAGUCCAUGACCGGUGUAACGGCACAGGCUUCUGUCAGUGUAAAGAGGGGGCUAUUGGGGCCAAAUGUGACGAUUGUAUGGCCGGAUACUACUGGAAACAAGGCUGUUACCCUAACGUCUGUGAUGAGGAGAUGCUGCUCUGUCAGAAUGGAGGAACAUGCUUCCAGAACCAGAAAUGCAUAUGUCCUCCAGAGUUUAAAGGUGUGCUGUGCCAACAGUCCCGCUGUGAGGCGGGCAAAGACUGCAACAGUGCAUCCUCACUACACCUCUCCACAGCCCUGCUGUUGCUCUGCACUCUGCUAACUCACCUGCUGGCCACGUUAAGCCCCCACUGAGCCCCAAACACCAGUAUUUGUGUGUGAAGUGUAUUUGAGGCUGGGAACAACGAUAGACCCUGUCCCUCCUGAGAAUGCACUGCAGCACUAAGCGCACAGCCACGUCAGAAACAUAGCCCAAGACGCUUUUUCGGACACACUGUUACAUAGACCUCACAAGACUGUUAUCACACCAAGUGUGUGCUCAGGUGUGACGAAAACUAACAGGGCAGUGACCUCGACAAGAACAGAUGCAGACCAAGGGGAAGAAACCAUGCCAACCACUGUUCCCUUUAUUUCAGCGCUGGAGCUACGUACAUCAAACCAAAAAGCAUAAACUCAACACUUCCUGCACCACUGUACACUUCAAAGGGAAUGGCUGUAGUAACCACUGGGACAUUUUUGUUUUUCUGUUUGAGUUAGGGACCGUUGUUAGACUGCUCUUAAUGGCUGGCAAAUCAGUAACCAGCUUGUCGCGAUAAGUCUUAAAGGCAAGGUCAAUUUAACUUGCUGCUGAGGCAUACAAUAUAUUCUAUUACUUAGGUUUUAUUUCUUCUCUUAGAAGUGGGACAUGGUUUCAUUUCAUUAUCUUUCUGCUGCAACUUUACAUAUUCUUAAGUAAAUGUAUCUAUGUGCCCACCAACAGCAGAGAUUAUACAUUAUAUAGUCCGGGUUACCAAUUAUUAAAACUUAUUCACUAUUAUGGAUGUUAUAAGAAUGAGUGAUUGUUGCCACACUUAACGAGAUUUAAUCUUCACACAGUAUUCAGGAAGCAGAUUACUUUAUCUGAAUCAAAAAAGAGGAAGAAAA